UAUGUCCAUGUAGAGUGUAUAGUUUUCUUACUUUAACGGAAUAUAUUAGCUGAUUUGUGUAUCUGUUUGCAACGAGAACGCAUAGCCAUACAACAAUUUGUCGAGAUGAAUAUCUCUAUAGAGAAGAAACGUACUGAUUGUCCUGCGUUACCCAAAGGCUGGCAAAGAGAGGAAGUUUUGAGAAAAUCUGGUCUUUCUGCUGGAAAAGUUGAUGUUUAUUAUUACAGCCCAACAGGUAAAAAGUUUCGCAGUAAGCCCGAGCUAGUUCGUUAUCUGGGUGAUAGUAUGGACCUAUCAUGUUUCGACUUUCAGCAGGGUCAAAUAAACACAAUGCUACUGUGUAAAACGAAGAAGGCACGGGCGCAGUUUGAUUACAGGGGCGUACGCUCAGACGCGUCACUGGUGCCUCCGAUUCGACAAACUGCGUCGAUAUUCAAACAGCCGGUGACCGUGUACAAAACACAAGAGAGCAAAGUCAAGACCGAUUUGAAACACGGCAACCAGGAGAAACCUAAACAGCUUUUUUGGGAGAAAAGAUUGGAGGCCCUGACAGCAUGCGAUUCGUAUGGCGUGAUUGGCUCGACAACGUUGCCUAAAUAUAUCAAGACUCUUGGUCCUUACAUUUCUGAUUCCACCACCAUACAGUCUUUGGCUACUGCUCUGCAUGUUUCCUCCCAGCCAAUUACUGGUCAAACAGGUUCGAAGCAAUCAAUUUUGGAAAACCCGGGAGUAUUCCUUAACCCCGAGCAGCCGCUGAUCGCUGCCGUGACAAUCACCAAGGACGACGUGCGACGACAGGAGGAGCGUGUCAAGCGCGCGCGAAUUCGUUUGCAGGAGGCGCUGGCGGCCGCGUAGGGCUGCGACGGCGGCGGGGAGGAGCCCCCGCCGCCCGCUACGACCGAUUCCGCCGCCGACACAGAUACGCCGCCGGAGCUCCCCGCCAUUGCCGCACCCGUUAUCGCCGCCGCACCCGUUAUCGCCGCCGCACCCGUUAUCGCCGCCGCACCCAUUAUUGCGCCCUCGCCUCCCGCAGUCGUUAUCCCCUCCCCUCCACUCGCCCCGAGGCUGCCACCCCCGCCACCACCCCUGCGGGCACCACCGGUGCAGAUCGUUCGUCCUCUGCAACUUAUUGAAUGUGCUGAGCCCGACUCCACUGACAACAACCUCCACUGAGCUGCGUGUUGGUGUCAAAUCAAUUUUAUACAAUGUGCAAAACAUGCUAUUGACUCUUUCAACAAUAAAAUAAGUGAAGUGACAAUUUGAAAUCGUUAGAAUCUAUGAAUAGCAUAAAUUGUGGGAUUUGCAGUUCAAAGUUUAAAAGUUUGCCCGCGUAAAAUUAAUUUAUAAACGCAUAUUAUAGUGGCUAAUAUGCUAAUGUAACAUUUAAAUAUUAUUUUAAAUGUGAUCUAAGCUUCGAGCUAUUGUGUGUAUUUUCGUAUUUACAAUGUUUUUGAGUAAUGUUCUAUAGCAGCAUAUAUGAAUUUUUAAGUGUAAAAAACUUUUUAGGUGAUAAUUAAAAAAAAAAAUUUGUACUUUGUGUUGUGCUAAUAAAUUUAAGCUCUUUUUAACAAGUGUAGGGAAUAAAAU